AUGCCACCCAAGCACCGCGACAUUUCCCCAUUCCUGCAGUUUCUUCGGGACUUUCUUCUGGGUCGCAAGCAUGUGACCAGCCAUCGUUACGCCGACACUUUGAGUCCACGCAGUCUUCCGGCACCCACUCCCCCCGAAUCAUCCAUGAAUCGCAUCUCUGGCAAUGCCUAUUACCUGAGGGAUGCCCGCUCUCAAGUGAAGCCACCCAUCGAUUUAGUCGAGGAGAAAAAGCGACAGUUGGCGGCAAUUGCAGCAGAGGCUGCCAAAGCCGCUGCAGCUGCCGAAGAUACCAAGAAAGCUCCCAAAGACGCCUCUGCUCCCAAGGCAGCUCCCAAACCUACUAUUCCUCCAAAGACUUGUAAGCAAGAUCAAACAAAGAAAGACAAAUCCAAGCCAAGAAAAAUGCUGCCGACUCCGGGUCAGUUGCACAAAUGGGAUUAG